ACAAAAACCCGUGGACGUCAGCGGAGCGUUUUCUUUUUCCGCGGAUUAAAUCAAUUUCAGAUUAUUAGAUUAAAUUAUUAGAACAGAUCAUUAAAUGAUCUAACAGAUGAUCAACAAGUAAACCACAUAGACAUCUUUUUAAACCGGAUUCUGAUCGUUAAAUAGCGAGAGAGAAAAAUCUCACAAUGACGGAAAAAAUAAAAAACACAAAACUGAAACAAUCCACCAACAAAAAGCUGAAAAAAUACAACACACUCAGGGGUGCUGAGGUGAAAUCAGGUGGGUUUUGGGACUUGGUGGUGAUCACAGCAGUAGAUGAAGAUCAGAGACGUUGGUAUGAAGUUCAGCUGCAGGAGAAGAUCCUCAGGCGUGAGCUUCCUCUCACUGUGUACCGUGUGGUCGCAGAUCCUCCAGGCUACAAGAUCGGUAACGGAGGCUCGACACUACACGUUCUCCAGCUCCUGAGUGAUGAGUAUGGAGAUACCUUAUCCAGGUUCAGAGUACUCCUCAUCCACGCUGGAGGGUGGAGUCAGCGUUUACCCCACACCAGUGCCCUGGGGAAGAUCUUCAUGGCUGUUCCUCUAGGAGAACGUGUGUAUCAGAUGUUGGAUUUAAAGCUGCUCAUGUAUGUGGACUUUCCUGCUCACAUGAACCCUGGUGUAUUGGUCACGUGUGCUGAUGACGUGGAGCUCUACAGUGCCACCCAGAGUAUGGAGUUUUAUAAACCUGGCUUCACUGCCCUGGCACACCCCUCCCCCCUGUCCAUCGGCCAAUCACAUGGUGUGUUUGUUCUGGAACCCGGAGAUGAGCCACCUGUCCACGAUGUGGAAUACAGAACCUGCCACCGGUUCCUGCACAAACCCAGUGUGGAAGUAAUGCAGAGAAGUGGCGCUGUGUUCAGGAAGCAGGAUGAUGACGUGGUCUACACUGACAGCACAUACUACAUCAGUCAUGGCACAGUGGAGACGCUGCUGGAGCUCUACCGAGAAAUUAGACCUCUGAGUUGUGAGAUUGAUGCCUACGGUGAUUUUCUGCAGAGUUUAGGAAGCAGCGCUACGGCCGAGUACACCAACAACACUGAGAAUGUUGCGAAGAAGGAGAAAGGUCUGGUAGAAGUCAGAAAGAAGAUCUUUCAGCAUCUCAGAGGAACACAGCUGAAUGUAAUAAUCCUCAACGAAUCAAAAUUUUACCACCUGGGCACCAUGAAUGAGUACCUGUUCCACCUUACUGUAGACAUGUGUCUACGAGAAGAACUUUGUCUCCAGACCAUCACCUUCAGUUCCUGUCCUUUGGAUGUAUGUGAGAAUAAUAACGUGUGUGUCAUACAGAGCAUAAUCCAUCCAAGUGUGCGAGUGUGUGAGGGCAGUGUGGUGGAAUUCUCCAGGCUAGAGCAAGGAGUCAUGUUGGGCCAGAACUCCAUUAUCAGUAGUUGCUGGGUGGAAAGAAGUCUCUCCAUCCCCUCCUUCACCUUUAUGCACUCAUUCGCUGUGUCUAUGGAUGGAAGGACACAGUUUGCCACUGUGGCAUUUGGUGUUCAGGAUGAUCUGAAAAAGAUUGUGCUCUGCUGUGAAGAUGUGGGUAGGUUAAAAGUGUUUGGUGUUUCUUUUAGUGAGUGUGUGAGCCACUGGGGACUGAGUGUGAAGGACAUCAGGUUCUCUGGAGACCUGUGUGUGUAUAACCUUUGGACCUGCUGCAUGUUUCCUAUAUGUGAGGACAUGAAGACCUCUUUCUCCACCACGCUGCAGAUGGUCAAAGCAGCUCAUGGAAAUGGAUUUAUGAGUUUACACAAACACACACUGCUCUCAUUGCAGGAGAUCCUCCACAACAAAGACCUGGAGAUCAUGCUGGGGUUCAGAAACCAUCUGCAUGAGGAAAUCCUGCAAGAAUCGCAAGAUGCAGCACAUCAGGAAAGAACCAUUUCUGGGUGAAAUUAACCCCUAAUCCCAAAUCCAGCUCAACGGAAAACAUAAAAUGUUUCUAAAAAUAAAGCAUUUAUUUAAUUUAAGCAAA